AUGCUAUCGGGAUCCUCUCAGAGAGGCUCUAUCAGUGGUAGCCGCGAGGCCAGAAGCGUGCGCUCGCGCGGGGCCUCUGGCGAAAGCCCUCGCUCUCUUGGCAGCGGGAACGAUUCUGCGGGACGGGCGAAGCCGAAGGGUUCGGCGGCGUCCUCGGGGUCGAACGGCGGCCGGCGGGGUGACGCGGCACCGCAGGCUCGCCGCUCAAGCAGCAACGCCUCCAACGGCGUCGCCAAAAACUCCCCUCGCGGAAGUCGCAACGGUGACGUGCAGCAAAGCGUGAACCGAGAACGACGGCGACAAAGUAGUGGCGGGGUCCGCCGCUCGCAUGGGGAGGCGAAGCGGAUAUCGAAGGAGGAGAUGGACUCGCUGCUGUUUCGGAAGCCACAGCUGGGGGACAUGCGUCCCGACAUGUACCGUUUGGAUCUUUCCCAGAAAGAUGACCUACGGUUCCUUUACGAGACGCAGCACCGCGUGGACCCCGAACUGUUCCCGCUAAAGAAAAACUCAAACCGCUCGAGGUGGAAGCACAUGCAGCAGAGUCACAUCUUUGAUACGGCCCCGCUACCAAUCCAGCGGGCUCCGGCGAAGGCAGCCAGGAAGAACGACGACGGACUUGGGGCGCUAGCGCGAUUCAUUCUUUGCGCCGAAGCACGCGAACCCUCUCCAGUGCGGGGACGACGCCACCGCAGCGAAAGUGCAUGCAGGGACAAGCUUCGUCUGUUUGGCAACCACUCUGAUGAAGGGAACUCACGAACCACAUCGCCAGUUUUAAGGACGGGGGUGCGGCGGGUGCGUUCAAAGCCUACCGAUAAACUUGGCGACGACCUGCGCGUAAGGAACUCAUCGGAUGAGGUGGGAUUGACCCCCCGCGGGCUCCGCAGUAAGGAGGCGGUGCGAAAGUUCGAAUCCACUCAGCCCCAGCUUACACUGCCGCCGCGGAAAGCGCCCCGUUCUCGUGCAAAUGUCACGCGAAGCUUAUCAGCUUCAGAUCACGACAUCUUUGGCGUCAGAAAGCGACGGGAGCACAUGAUGCGGCAAACCCGUUCAUUUUCCUCUGCCUGCAGCAGCGAGCCCUACGGUUCUGAGUAUCAUGCAGAAACCACAAGCCAUCGAGCAUCGUCGCUGGGAAGCGCAAGUCUUCGCGGUGAAAAGAGGAGCACCCGUUCCAAGGAUCAGCGUAUCACCACGCCCUUUGGCGAAGCGGAGUCACGUGACGGCGGGACACCCACACGCCGUCAGGAGCGUCGUCGUGGCGGUUCCUAUUCCAGCCGUCCCAGCAGUGUUGCCUCCUCCUCUGCUUUGCGGAGCUGGAGCCACAUGUCGUCCCAGCGUGGGACCCAAAGCGAGAUGCUUAGCCAGAGGAAAGAUGCCACCAGGAGGCGGCGUGCCACUACUUCUGCCUCGCAGGUGUCUAGCGCAGCGUCAGUGUUUACCGAAAACGAAGACAACUCAGUUUCCCUGCCUCCUUCACCGGCCCCGAGGACGGGCCGCGCGCGUGUGCCAGGCUGCUCAAUUACAAACUCCAACGUCAUCUUUGGUGGGGGGCAGUCGCUAGACUCACCGCGGCGUCCACUGCGCAGGCUCCAGCACGAGUCUCCGCAGAUGCGCGGUAUCCUGUCCUGGGACCAACGGCGUCCACAAAAAAGAACUUCUUGA